UCUCUCGUAUAUCACUAUGCUCUCCUUUCUCUCUCUCUCUGCUUAUAUCGACCACAAAAAUACACACAAAGACUCCUCCCCACAACACACACACAUAGUCUGAACUUUUUAGCAGCUCCGCUUUCGUUGACGACGGCAUGUCUCUCCCUGAAACGCAAGGCAAGACCCUCCCUGAUGCCUGGGACUACAAGGGCCGCACGGCCGAUCGGUCCCGCACCGGCGGCUGGACCAGUGCCGCCAUGAUCUUAGGAGGAGAGGCCUGUGAGAGGCUAACCACACUUGGAGUAGCAGUGAAUCUGGUGACGUACUUGACCGGGACGAUGCACUUGGGCAAUGCCACUUCCGCUAACACCGUCACCAACUUCCUCGGCACCUCCUUCAUGCUCUGCCUCCUCGGCGGCUUUGUCGCCGACACCUUCCUCGGCAGGUACCUCACCAUUGCGAUAUUCGCAACAAUUCAAGCAACAGGUGUGACAAUCUUGACGAUAUCAACCAUAAUCCCGAGCUUGAAGCCCCCAAAGUGCAAUCUGAACACUGACAAGCUGUGCACGCCGGCGACUACCACACAGCUGACGGUUCUCUAUGUGGCGCUCUACACGCUGGCCCUCGGGACCGGCGGCCUCAAGUCGAGCGUGUCCGGGUUUGGGUCGGACCAGUUCGACGAGUCGGAUCCGAAGGAGCAAUCCCAGAUGGUCAACUUCUUCAACUGGUUCUUCUUCUUCAUCAGCAUCGGCUCGCUCGCUGCCGUCACCGUCCUUGUCUACAUACAGGACAACCUGGGACGACAGUGGGGCUACGGGAUCUGCGCCUGCGCCAUCGUCAUCGGGCUGGUCGUAUUCUUGUCCGGGACGAGGAGGUACAGGUUCAAGACGCUCGUUGGGAGUCCGUUGACGCAGAUCGCCGCCGUGUUUAUCACAGCUUGGAGGAAGAGGCAGUUGGAGUUGCCGUCGGACACUUCGCUGCUCUUCAAUGUGGAUGAUCUGCCAUGUGAUGGGAAUGUGAUGAAGAAGAAGAAGCAGAAGCUGCCUCACAGCAAGCAGUUCAGAUUCUUGGACAAGGCAGCAAUCAAACCCUCAGAAAUGCCUGAUGGCGUCGGUGAGGUGAAUAAGUGGAACUUGUCAACCCUAACUGAUGUGGAAGAAGUGAAGUUAGUCCUCAGAAUGUUGCCCAUUUGGGCCACCAACAUUAUGUUUUGGACCGUUUAUGCCCAGAUGACCACCUUCUCGGUCUCCCAAGCGACCACCAUGGACCGCCACAUCGGCAAGUCAUUCCAAAUCCCCGCCGCCUCCUUGACCGUCUUCUUCGUCGGUAGCAUCCUCCUGACCGUGCCCGUCUAUGAUAAGGUCGUCGUCCCGUUGACCCGAAAAUUGCUCAAGAAUCCACAGGGACUUACCCCACUGCAGAGGAUUGGGGUCGGCCUGGUGCUCUCGUUAUUAGCGAUGGUGUCCGCCGCGUUGACGGAAAUCAAGCGACUGCGAGCUGCCAGAUCGCACGGCCUGACGGAUGACCCGAACACCGUGAUCCCGCUAAGCGUGUUUUGGCUGGUCCCCCAGUUCUUCUUCGUGGGGUCCGGCGAGGCGUUCACGUACAUCGGGCAAUUGGACUUCUUCCUAAGGGAGUGUCCUAAAGGAAUGAAGACCAUGAGCACAGGGCUGUUCUUGAGCACCCUGUCAUUAGGGUUCUUCUUCAGCUCACUUCUGGUCACUAUAGUCCACAAGGUGACCGGAAGCAAGAAGCCGUGGCUAGCUGAUAAUCUCAACCAAGGGAAGCUGUACGACUUCUAUUGGCUCUUAGCGAUUCUGAGCGCACUCAACUUCUUGAUAUUUUUGGUGUGCGCCAAAUGGUAUGUGUACAGGGACAAGAGGCUGGGUGAUGAAGGGAUUGAGCUUGAAGAGGCAGAACCAACUUGUCAUGCAUGAGUGGUUUCACCCCCUUUUUUUUUUUGGCUUUUUAUAGUUUUUGCACUCGUCAUAAAGUCAUUUUCAGUGUAUUAUAUUCGUGUAACUUUACUAGGCAAGAAAUGAUGGAGAAGGCACAAGACCUAUGUGGUCAAGAAUAUGGUGACAAAAGGGAGUAUCUUUUCUGGUGCUCCAUUGGUGUGCUUUCAGGAGUCUUUGAACUUUUCUCAAAGUCUUCAAUCAUGUGAUCUCGCAUUUGACUA